AGAUCCUUUCCAUUUUUAAGUGAACACACCCCUUUAUUAAGUUAGCUAGUCUUCUGGCAGUACAGUAUAGUUUGUGCUUUGAUUUAUUGGGAGUGCUAAACUUCAGUUUGGAAAAAAAGCAAUGGAAAGUAAGCCAAAAGAACUGUCAGGUUUGACGGACGAAGCAGCUUAUAGCGCUUGCACCGACCCAGAUCCCAGCACUAAGGAUUUUAUGAUGCAGCAGACCAUGUUGAGAAUAAAAGAUCCCAAAAAAUCUCUUGAUUUUUACACAAGGAUUCUUGGAAUGACGUUACUUCAGAAGUUUGAUUUUCCGGCCAUGAAAUUUUCUUUGUAUUUUUUGGCAUAUGAAGAUAAAAAGGAAAUUCCUGCCGACUGCAAGGAAAGGGCAGCUUGGACUUUCUCCAGAAAAGCAACUAUUGAACUUACUCAUAAUUGGGGCACUGAAAAUGAUGAAAACCAGUCUUACCACAGUGGUAACUCAGAUCCACGUGGAUUUGGUCACAUUGGAAUUGCAGUUCCUGAUGUUUAUGCAGCAUGCAAGAGGUUUGAAGAGUUGGGUGUCAAAUUUGUAAAGAAACCUGAUGAUGGUAAAAUGAAAGGCCUUGCUUUCAUUCAGGAUCCUGACGGAUAUUGGAUUGAGAUUCUUAGCCCAAAUAAUAUGGUGUCAGUUGCUUCUUGAACCUGUAACGUAUCUGUAUUGACAAAGAUGAGCAAAAACAUUUUGUUUCCCAUUUGCAAGUUGGACUGUGAACAUAACAAAAAAAGCUGGCAUUUACUGUACUAGAGAGAGGUUUAAUAAAGCUUCUGUACAAAC